CCUUCUGUAGUCCAGUUGGCGUCGAAACCGCGGCAUAAUGCGUGCGUGAACGAAAAAUUAACUUAAAACAAUCGUAUUUUAAUGAUUUCAUAACAGCAGCCAUAUUCCAUUGACCGAUAGUUUGUUUAAUAAAUUUAAAUUGAAUAUAAUGCGAUUAAAAUGUAUCUUUUGCAAAUUAUUCUAAGUGAAAUUAAAUUAUUAGUGAUAAUAUCAUUUAUACUUAUAUACGUGUGGUUUAAAUAUAAAUUUACCUACUGGGCCAGGCGGAAUAUUCCCGGUCCAAAACCUUUGUUUCCCUUUGGUAAUGUUCGGGAUGUUAUCAGGCGAAAACAGCAAUUCUUUGAGCCUUAUUGUGAAAGUUACUAUAAAUUCAAACAGUUUCCUUGUGUCGGUCUUUAUUCCUUUCAUGUGCCUGUCUUAAGCAUCAAUGAUCCUGAUUUAGCAAAGCAUGUUUUGAUAAAAGAUUUCGACUAUUUUCAAUCGCACGGGAUUUUUUCAAGCGGAGUAGGGAACCCUUUAGGGGGUCACCUGUUUAACAUACAUGGUCAAGCGUGGAAGAACUUACGGCUGAAGUUGUCACCUGUGUUUACAUCGGCGAAGUUUAAGACUAUGUAUCCAUUAGUUGAGCAAAUUGCGAACUAUGCGUUGCAGUACAGCGAUACGGUUUAUGAAAAUGGAGAAGCGAUUAAUUUUUCUGAUUUCUAUGAGAAAUAUUCAAUGGAAAUUGUGGGGAGUGUUGGGUUUGGAGUGGAGUGUAACGGCCUGAAGAACAACGAUUCUGAGUUUUAUCAACGUGGACAUGAAUAUUUUGAGCCUAAGAGUUUAUAUUGGACAAUAAUCCGAGCGAUAUCCUUUUUUGCGCCGGAAUUUUUCAAGAAACUGAGAAUUAACCGCAUCAAUCCUGAAAUAAACAAGUUCUUCUUCAAUCUCGUGAAGGAGUCUGUUGAGUAUAGACAACAGCACAACUACAGACGUGCAGACUUCUUGGAGGCGCUUAUUGAUUUAAAAAACGAAGGAGAAAAACUAAAAAGUAACGACACAGACACCAGUGACACCUUCACACUAAUAGAUGUAGCUGCCAACACUAUGCUGUACAUGUUCGCUGGAUAUGAGACUUCAGCUACGACGGGCCAGUUCGCAGCUUAUGAGCUGGCUCGACAUCCAGACAUCCAAGCAAGAGCUAGAGAUGAAAUACUUACUGUGUUACAGAAGCACGGAGGGGAAUGCACUUACGAGGCUCAGAACGAGAUGACUUAUUUAAAUAUGGUGCUCGACGAGACAAUGCGAAUACAUCCACCAAUGCGAGCAUUGUUCCGAAGAUGCACGAAAGACUUCAGAUUACCAGACAGUGAUGUGGUAAUUGAGGAAGGCACGCUAGUAUUUAUUCCGAUACAUUCGAUUCAAAUGGAUCCGGAUAUAUUCGACGAUCCGCAGCGUUUUGAUCCAGAACGAUUUACACCAGAGAGGAAGGUGAAAAUGCAUCCAUGCCAUUGGAUGCCGUUUGGGGAAGGACCACGCAAGUGUUUAGGACUUCGACAGGGCUACGUGCAGUCAAAAUUGGCGCUUGUGAAAAUAUUACAGAAAUAUGAAUUAUUACUUGACGAACGAAUGCAGGGUCCCCUGAAGAUGAAGUCUUCAUCCCUGGCCUGUGCCUUCGAGCAGGGAGUAUGGAUAAAAUUAAGGAAAUUAGAUUCGUAGAAUGUAUUUUGUAAUAAAUUCCUAUCAUAGUUAAGUAAUGGUUUUAUAAUGUUUUAAGUAUGGAAAUAAAAGACUUGUUGACUGUAUCAAA